AUGCUCCCACUUCUCGGCUCGGCGGCCGAUGCCAUCGGCAACACACCGCUUGUAUGUUUGGAUCGUUUAACGACGUCCGUGGGGCUCGAGGGAACCAUUGUUGCCAAGCUUGACUAUCUCAACCCCGGGGGUUCGAAGAAAGAUGGUGUUGCGCUCGGUAUCAUCGAGGAGGCGGAGCGACUCGGUACGAUCAAGCCUGGACAGACGGUGGUUGAGCUCACGAGCGGGAAUACGGGCACGGGCCUGUCGAUCGUCUGUGCUGUCAAGGGCUACCCCUUCAUUUCUGUUAUGUCUCGAGGGAAUUCGGUCGAACGAGCUCGCAUGAUGUCCGCACUCGGUGCCGAGGUCGUGCCGGUGGAUCGGGCGCCCGGAUCGAUUCCUGGGCAAGUCUCUGGGUCGACCUCGCCCUCGUAG